AUGACGUCUCGUAUUGCUCAAAUUGCUGGGCAUCUCAAUUAUCCCAAGGGAUUACUUGCUGGUCAAGUAGCUAUAAUUACCGGUUCUGGCCAAGGUAUUGGUGCGGAAACCGCAAAACUUUUCGCGAAUGAAGGAGCCAAAGUGAUUAUAUCUGAUAUCGAUGGAGCCAAAGCAAAAUCCGUCGCCGACGAAAUCAAUUCCGCAGAAAGCGGCCGCUCAAUCGCAGUUCCAGGCGACAUGCUCGAUGCCGAAUAUCUCAAAGUACUUGUGAAGAAAGCUGCAGAAUUUGGAAACGGAAAAAUUCAUAUAAUAGUAAAUAAUGCGGGAUAUACAUGGGAUGGCGUAAUCCACAAAAUGACCGACAAACAAUGGGAAAACAUCUUGGCUCUUCACAACACCGCCCCUUUUAAACUUAUUCGCGAAGCCGCGCCCUAUUUUCGCGUCACAGAUGGUGAACCGAGAUGUAUAGUAAAUAUAUCCUCUACAUCCGGUGUUCAUGGCAAUGCUGGACAGGCCAAUUAUGGAGUUGCAAAAUCGGGAAUUAAUGGUCUUACGAAAGUGAUUGCAAAGGAAUGGGGUCCUAAAUUCGGGGUCAGAUGUAAUAGUAUAGCGUUUGGACAUAUAUUGACGAGAUUGACGGCUGCGAAGGAAGAGGGAGCUUAUGUAACGACACCGGAUGGAGAGAAAAUUGCACUGGGGAUACCGAAGGGUCAGGGCAGUCAAGGGAAAGAUGCGAAUUUAGAUAUUCCGUUGAGGAGGGCAGGUACGGCGGGGGAAGCGGCGAGGAGUAUCUUGGCGGUCGCGAGUCCGUUGUUUGGGUAUGUGACGGGACAGGUCAUUAUGGUCACAGGAGGGAGGAAUAUGUAG